GUAGCUGCUGCAGCAAAAGGAUGGAAUUAGAUUCUUCUUCGAUUGAGUAGAUUACCGGAUCCGCCAGAGGGGAGAGCUCGCUCGGAGCUGGAGAUGACAUCGUACGAGAAAGUCAGAAGCAAUGGAGCAUGGAUUUCAUCCAGACCUGUGAAAAUUCUGCUGCUCAUCUUCCUCCUGGGACCCCCUUUUCUCCUCAUUUGCAUUGAAACUAUCGUCGAGCAGCGAGGGAGAGAAUUGACUUCCACCAUCCUGGACAAGCUCAGCUUCGAUAGCCUCAGCAGUAGCAACAAGAGUAUCACCACCAGCAGCAACGAGACUAUCACCAGCAGCAGCACCAGCAGCAGCAAUGUCACCACCAAGAACAAUGUAAGUAGUGAAGACGAUUGCCCCUGCUACAGUAGAUGCGAGCAGGAUUCCCUGCGGCGGCCAUCUCGAAUUCACAGUCUACCCCCGGCCCUGUCCACUGCAUUGGCUGCGUACGAGAGGAUGCAUUCCAGUUGCUACCACUCGCGAGACUUGAGUAAAGCCAUCCAGGCUCCAGAUCCAAAUGACCCCUGUAGAUAUCUCGUCUUCCUCCAGGACGGCAAAUUCGGCCUGGGAAACCACAUCCUCUCUCUCCUGUCCGCCUUCGUCUACUCCCUGCUCACCAACAGGAUGCUUCUCGUCGACACGCGAAACCAUAUUCCCGAGCUCUUUUGCGAGCCUUUUAGAAACUCCUCCUGGCUGCUGCCUCCUGAUUUUCCGUACGAUCGUCUUCUUCUAGCACCGAUGCUUGCAGAUGGCCUCAAACAGAAGUUCAGGCACGGCAGCACUGUCCACCUGAUGCUGCUCAGCCAGCAAACGCCGCAAGAGCAGCUUUUCUUCUGUCCCGACACGCAGACCCGGCUCGAGAAAGUGCGCUGGAUUGGCUGGAGCAGCAACCAAUACUAUGUUCCCAGAUUUUUCACGUUCCCACGUUUCUGGAGGCCUCUAGUUUCUCUGUUCCCGGAUGUUUCCUUGACCUUCACGCACCUAAGUAGGUACCUCAUUCUUCCUCAAAACCCCGUCUGGGAGAAAAUCCGUCGCUACCAUUUCGCGUACUCGUCACUGGUUCAGGGAAAGGCAGUAGGAGUCCAGAUUCGACGAAGGGAAAAUGCGGAAUUCCACGAGCCAACGUACAGACGGACCAUGCAGUGCCUCGUUGAAAACGGUCUUGUGCCAAGCGUUUCAGAGUCCGGUCACGACAUCCCAGCUGACAAAGGCCAACACCAGUCAAGAAAAAACAGGACUAAAGUUUUCGUUACCUCGUUGCAAAGCAGGUACUACGAGGAGCUCCGGAAUACAUAUAUAAACAAGCCUACGGUUGACGGUAGCCUUGUACGGGUCCAUACGAUGUCACACGACGAAGUCGAGUCUCAAUCUUACGAGCAAGUUCGCAACGCGUUGGCAGAGAUGUGGCUCCUCAGCUUGAGCGACGAGCUAGUGACGAGUAGCUGGUCGACGUUUGGAUACGUCGCGCAGGGACUAGGUGCGCUUCGGCCUUACAUCCUCAACAUCAAGGGUGACUUCGGGAAGGACGGCCUCCCGGCAUGCUCUCUCGGACAGUCUAUCGAGCCCUGCAAUCAGUUUCCGUUCAGUUCAGUGUGCGAAAGAAACGAAACCGCUGAUUUGGAGCACAGCGAAUGGAUCAAAGCGCACAUCAGACCUUGCCAAGACGAACCCAGCGGCAUCCAGCUUAUACAGGACUGAUUUGUUUUUUGCUACUUGGCAGCGAUGCAAUCCAGUACUCUUCGGAUGUCAGUAGCGGACGGAUUUAGCUUCAAUGCCUGCACAGUUUUGAUAAUCACUGUCGAUAAAAAAAAAAAGUUUGCAGCAA